AUGAUGAAACUAGCGCUGUUUUCGUAUGGUAUCCUGAUUUGCAUUACAAUGUUUGUUUGGUAUUGGUUGAUGAAGCCUACAAGAGACUUCUUCCUUCUUGGAGAUUGGACAACCAGCAAUCUAGCAUUGUCUCAGGUACCUGCAUCUUCAUGGUCUGUCUGGACAGGCAAGUAUCCCGAGAUCUACAAAGAAGCACCCAUCUACAAGAGCAAGCAACAUGGCUACUUUCUUCAUAUUACAGACAUGCAUAUUGAUCCAGAUUAUAUCCAAGGAGCCACUGUGAAAUCAGCUUGCCAUCAGUUGCCUGAUCUGUAUGCCGAGAAAAAGAAGAAGAAGCAAGAACCCGUCAUUUUAUCAGGAAAGUACGGAACACCUGGAGAGAGAUGUGAUGCACCGAUUCUGUUGGCUCAAGAGACAUUGGACUGGAUUUCCAAAGAAUGGAAGGACAAGCUUGAUUUCGUCGUAUGGACAGGCGAUAAUGCCAAACAUGACUGGGACAAAAAGCGUCGUAGAAAGAGAAGACAUGUGUAUGAGCUUAAUCAACGUGUCACAGACAUGAUGAUGGAUACGUUUUGGGUCAAUGAUAAAAUACCCAUUAUCCCAAGUUUUGGUAAUAAUGAUGUCUAUCCCCAUAACCAGAUUGGAGGCGCUGAAAUAGAUGGUGAUUUGCUCAUGUUUUAUGAACGCAUGUGGAGAUCAUGGAUGCCAAUGCAACAGAGAUCCAUGUUUCGUCAAGGGGGCUAUUACGUCGUACAAGUCGCACCACGCUUGAACGUCCUUACUCUAAACUCAAUGUACUUUUACACCAAAAACAAGGCUGCGCACAAUUGUUUACACCCUGAUAGUCCAGCAGCCAUUCAACUCGUGUGGUUUGAAGACCAAUUAAAGAAGGCGCGCAGAGACAAUGAGAAAAUCUAUGUGAUCGGUCAUGUCCCACCAUCUCCUCGUGAUUACAAGAACACCUGCUUGACAGCAUACAUGCGCAUUGCCACAAGCUACACUGAUGUGAUUAUGGGUCAUUUCUUUGCCCAUCUCAAUAUGGAUCAUUUCCUCAUGUUUGAUGGCAGGCAAGAUGCAAAGUCUGUUCCUGUUAUGCCUGCUCUGGAUCAUCAUUUGCUGCAGCAGCCACAACAACAAGCAUUUCAAAGCAACGUAGAUCAACAUGAUGAGGAUGACGAUCAUGAAGUCUUUCACACGGCAAGAAACAUUGAAGCUUACAUGGGAUGGUUGAAGAACAUGUACCAAAAUAUAGAGCCAUUAGAUGAUGACAAGAAUAGAAGCCCUGAAAAACCUCACCCUCCAUUAGUUGUUGUGCAAGUAUCUCCAUCCAUUUUACCUAUCUAUCACCCAUCGUUCAGAAUCUAUCAAUAUGAAGUCAAUCCAGAUGAAGACAGCGACGACGAUGAUGGUGACAAUGGCGAUGAUGAUGACGAUGAUGAUGACGAUGAUGAUGAAGACAAUCUUUUGCCUCAUGGUACCUUGCUAGGCUAUUCCCAAUACUUUGCCAAUCUCACCAAGUGGAAUGAAUUGAAUACAGACAGGCCCUUAGAAUACGAACUAGAGUACUCGACCAAGGAAACCUAUGGCAUGCAAGAUUUGACGGUAGAAUCUUACUUUGAUUUGGCCAAACUGAUGGUGGAAGAUAGCGUAGAGGGAAACAAACUUUGGGAGAUAUACCAGAAUCACAUGUUGGUCAAAAGCAAGAAUUUUACAUCUUUUGAUGAUAAAUUUUAA